AUGGAAUUGAUGGAUUCAACCAGCGAUGAACCGAUUCCUUUACCUGUCCAUAUUUCCAAACCUGAUCACCAAUUGAGUGGCCAUGAAUUUGGUAAAAGUAAAACAAGGUUUGGAAUGUUGAAAGACCAUCGAUCAAAAAGACUUCUAAAGCCAAUCAUAGAUAUACGAGGUAAAAGGGAAUAUGACUUUUAUCAAACUGUUUGGAAUUCUAGUGAUGUUAAAUUACAAUCGUUUGUGCCAAAAUUUUAUGGUCUUGUUACCAUUGAAAAUAUAAAAUUUAUCCAAAUAGAGGAUAGCAUGGAAGGAUUAGCUAAUCCUUCGAAUAUGGAUAUUAAAAUUGGUUCGAUUACCUACGAUCCUGGAGCUGACGUUAAAAAAAUUGAAGAAGAAACGUCCAAAAGUCAAUGGCAAGCAGCUCUUGGAUUCCGCAUCUGUGGAUUUAGAGUAAUUUGA